AUGCCGUCUCAAAACCAGAACACCGCAGCUGCUGGAUCCGCCCAAGAACACCCACGACAAUUUACCUCUGAGGCGUCUGAGCCUCGUGGUGAUCAUGCAUCUACAGCGCCAAGCCCCGUUGACAAUGUGACGGACGAGGAGGAUUCCGGGCUGGAGCCAGGACCUCGCCACCUCGGACUGGCCGUUGACGAUUUCCUGCAUGACGCGGGCGCAAUGGAAGGCCCGUGGGAAUACAUGCCUGGCGGUCAUCAUCCGCUAGUGAUUGGACAUCGUAUCGGCGCAGACAGAGAAUACAAGGUGAUACAGAAACUAGGGUCCGGAGGCUCGGGCAAUGUUUGGCUAUGUGAGUACAUAGACUCCGAGCCGCAGCUAUGGGUGGCUGUGAAGAUUCUGAAGGCCUGCAUCUCGGCCGAAGAGAGCCGUGAGCUCAAAUCCGGCGGCCUCAUGGCCAGCCUAGUCAAGACCGACCCUGUCCUGAAAAGCUGCUGCUCCUACCCGUGGGAGGUGUUUGGGAUCCAAGGCGUAAAUGGCCUCCAUCUAUGCUUUGUCUAUCCUGUCCGCGGUGCGCCGGUGUCAGAACUGCGAGGCCACUUUGAUGAUCCGGAUGCGUUUAUGCGGAAGCUCACGCGUCAGGCGGCUAGGGUUAUGGGCACCCUGCAUGGGCAUGAUAUUGUGCACGGAGAUUUCCGGCCGUUGAAUGUUCUUCUCCAGCUGGGUGGCCUGAAUGGCAAGACCAGGGAGGAAAUCGUGGACAUCUUUGGACACCCCGCGGGAGCAAAGGUCAUCAAGUACCCGGACGCCCACCCCGCCGCGAAUCCCCCGGAGUAUUUAUACUACCCUGUCAACCCGCACGCGGCAGACGACUUACGUACCCACACCAUCUGUGUGAUCGACUUUGGCGAGUCCUUCAUUGAGGGAAACCCGCCGCCCCACGGGUCUGGGAUCCCCUGCCCGUAUGCCGCCCCGGAGGUUCCGCUAGACAGUUUUGCGAGCAAGAGAAGUGACAUCUGGGCAUUGGCAGCGACAAUGUACGAGAUUCGGUGCGGCCAUAAACUGUUUCUGUUCGAGGGCGACGGCAAGGAAGCUUACCUUCACGGCCUCGUCAGGGGGUGCGGGAAGCUGCCGGCAAAGUGGUGGCCUCAAUGGAGGGAGACGUGGAACGAGUCGGUCAAAAGAUGGCACCCGCGGAUCUUCGGUGGGCCUGAGAGCGAGGAUCAGAUCGAGGAUGAACAGAUCGCUCGACGUCGCCAUAUCCAGCAGGCCGUUGCCAGGCCGGUCGGCCACAUGCUGACCUCAGACGCGUCCGUUCGCAGGCACGAAGAGUCGGACGUUUGGAUCUCCAUGGGCCACCAUGAGCCGCUCUCCAGCGAAGAGCAGGAGCUUUUCGCUGACCUCCUAUAUAGGAUGACCGAGAUGGACCCGCAGAAACGUAUGACCAUCGAGGAGGUCCUUGAACAUCCAUGGCUUUCGUAUGGACACACGGAGCAGCCGCAGCAACGGCUGGAGGAGCGCCCCUCGACGCCCGAGGAGUCCGACCUGGAGGACCUGGAGGACCUGGAGGAGCGGUCUUGGACAUCCGAAGAGUCCGACCAGGACGACCAGGAGGACCGAGAGCAGUAUCAGCCUGACGCCACACUUGGAACCAAGACAGAGGGAUCCUCUACUACCGACAAGUGCAAUGGGGGUUCAGGCAUCUCCCUCCGGAUCCCCAAAGCAGGCAAGCCGACCGCCGCCGCCACCUCGCCCUGUCCAACUAGGCAGGACAAGCCCAUCUACCUCUCCACCGCGCUGUCCCCUGUCUCCGAGGCAAACGAACCGCAUGACUCUGCGGCAGACGACGACAUCCCCUCCGUCAAGGCCGUCAGCCCCUCCACUCAGCUGCAAACUGAGGCUCUAGCUCCUACCGACCUGGUUGAUGUCCCGCUGGCUGGCAACGGGCUGCCUCGAGUGAAGUCGUGGCGGAAUCAUAGGCGGUCCAAAAUGGUUGCGGUUUUCCAGGCGCUUAGCCAGGCUUUUCGUGCUGCUUUUGCAUAG